AUGUCGUCGCCGGACAUUGUGUCAAUUUUGGAGAACUCCAAGGAACUCGAUCGGUUAAGGAAAGAUCAGGAGGAUGUUCUAUCGGAGAUCAACAAGCUUCACAAGAAGCUUCAAACCACUCCUGAACUGGUUGAGAAGCCUGGAGAUAACUCAUUAGCAAAACUGAAAUUGUUGUAUACUCAAGCAAAAGAUCUUUCAGACGCCGAAGCAAAUCUUUCCACGAUGUUGAUAAGCCAACUCGAUACCUUGCUUCCUCCGGGACCGCAAGGACAACCACGAAGGAGAUUAGAAGGCAAUGAGCAGAAAAGGAAACGAGUUAAGACUGAGUCAGACAUUUCAAGGUUAACUCCGAGUAUGAGAAAUCAACUUGAGGCUUGUGCCAGUCUUAAGGGUGAACAGGUUGCAGCUAGGGUCACGCCACGUAAUGCUGAUAAGGAUGAAUGGUUUGUUGUAAAAGUGAUUCAUUUUGAUAAGGAAUUAAAGGAAUUUGAAGUACUUGAUGAGGAACCUGGUGAUGAUGAAGAUAGCAGUGGCCAAAGGCAGUACAAGCUUCCCAUGGGAAAUAUUAUUCCUUUCCCCAAGAGUAAUGAUCCUUCGAGUGCUCAAGAUUUUCCUCCCGGAAAACAUGUUUUGGCAGUCUAUCCAGGAACUACUGCACUUUAUAAAGCAACAGUUGUUCAUGGCCAUCGCAGGAGGAAAACAGAUGAUUAUGUGUUAGAGUUUGAUGAUGAUGAAGAAGACGGGUCUCUACCACAAAGGACAGUACCCUUCCACAAAGUGGUUCCUCUACCAGAAGGACACCGUCAAUAA